GCCUGGGAGGAUGCGGUGAGCGCAGCCCCGCCGGGGAGCCGGCGGUGCGGACACCCUCUCCCCGCCGGCGAAGGGCGACCGGCGCUGGGUGCGCGGGCCGCACGGAGGCUCCGGGGCCGGGAGGUUUGCUGUUCACUCACAAGGCAUUUCAGAGCAGCGAUGGGGUAGCUCUUCGUGUUUUGAAGAUAACUGUGGCGGCACUUUGGGGAAUGGAUCGAAGAGAAGAAAGAAUGGCUCUGGGUGGUUACAGUAGACCACACGAAAGCUGUGUAAUGGUCCGAACUGCCCGGUCAGCGGGUGCUGAAAGCCGUGUCCUGAGACAGCAGGACUUGUAGCUACGGCUGGAGAUGGGAUGGAUAGUGGGAGAGGAGAGGGGUCGGCAUCUCGGGAGGCUUCUUUCUCUGGUAGCGGAAUAAACAUCGGAGGUCAGCAGGAAGAGUGUUUGGGGAAGGAGGAUGGACUCAGGCAAGUUCUGGAGGAGAUGAAAGCUUUAUAUGAACAAAACCAAUCUGAUGUGAAUGAAGCGAAGUCAGGUGGACGAAGUGAUUUGAUACCAACCAUCAAGUUUCGACACUGUUCUUUGUUAAGAAAUCAGCGCUGCACUGUAGCAUACCUGUAUGACCGAUUGCUUCGGAUUAGAGCACUCAGGUGGGAAUGUGGCAGUGUCUUGCCAAGUGCUUUACGAUUUCACAUGUCUGCUGAAGAAAUGGAAUGGUUCAAUCAUUACAAAAAGUCCCUUGCUACCUACAUGAGGUCGUUGGGAGGACAUGAAGGUUUGGACAUCACACAGGAUAUGAAACCUCCAAAAAACCUAUACAUAGAAGUGCGGUGUCUAAAAGACUAUGGAGAAUUUGAAGUUGAUGAUGGUACUUCAGUCCUAUUAAAAAAAAAUAGCCAGCACUUUCUACCUCGGUGGAAGUGUGAGCAGCUGAUUAGACAGGGCAUCCUGGAGCACGUGCUGUCGUGACCUCUCGCCAGAUGGCUGCCAGGGCUUCCCCCGUUCGAGGCUGGACUCAACCAAGGACACUUCUCCAUCUCCCUCUCCACCUCCCCCAGGCCCACCACUUUUUGGUUUUAAAAUUUAGACUUACUUUAACCAGGAAUGCUUGGCCGAGUAUGGUUUGUUUUUCUUUUCUUUCAUUUGAACCUUAGUUUCUCUUUUAUUUAAUUUCCAAAUAUAAUUCUAUAACCUUUUAUGGUAAACAUAUUUCUGAAUCUAUGUUGUAUGCUUGCCUUUUGAAGCAUCAGUUCUCAAUAGAGAGUUUGAAUUCUUGCCAUACAGAGACUCCACAUAUCCAAUCUGCUGUCCACAGUUCUAGAGGGAAGUCCAGGAUCAAGACUCUAGCAGAUUCUGUGCCUAAAGAGAGUGCUUCCUAGUUCAUACACUGCCAUCUUCUCAUUCUGUGCUUACAAGGUAGAAGUGGUUUAUUUUUCUAUUGUACAGGAUUCUCCCCUUUGUGUGGUACGUUGUAUCUGUAAUCACAACAUUCCUACAAUUCCCAAAAUACUAUAUACAGUUCCCAAAAUACUAUAGUGUGUUUUUGUUUAAUGAAAGUAAAUUAUCAAUAUUACAUUUUAAUCUCUUUUAAACAAUGAGGAAGUUUCACCUGGCUGUAUAGGGAGAUAGGAGGUCCUUGUGCAUCUUGUGUUGCUGGAAGUGUGCAUUGUGCAAGCCAGGGAGCUGAAUUUCUGCAAUUCCUGUUUCCAAAUCACAUGGGCAGGUGGAGCUGAUGGCCUAUAAAAUUUUCAGCGUAUUUAAUGUUCAAUAACAUGUUAACUUAUCACCUGGCUGUUAAGGAAGAAAGGAAGGACACAAUGGAUUUUGCCCAUUUCCAGCAGUGGUGGCUGAUCUAGGUCAUGCGUGUCUGCGAGCUUGUGGGGUGAGCACCAGGAUCUCCCCUUUGGAAAGGGAAAUUGAAAUUGGGGCUAGGAAAGGAACUUUGUGCAGUUUCCCCCCAACAGUCACAGUGACCAGAAAGUCACAUGAAGAGCUGGUCAGCUAAGUGGAGCGCAGUUUCUGUUGCCUGAUAAACUGAAAAUGGUAGACAUCGGAGAGGCACAGAGUGGUCUUGCCUGGUGGUCAGUGGCCUUUCCGCACCAGCCCCUCCAUGACCAGUGACUAGAGCCAGUCAACAUAAAUCAAUAAAACCUACAAAAUUUUAACUUUUCAACUAGUAUACAUUCACUUCAAAUAAGGAAUAUACUUAUUAUUUUAUUCUGGGAAUUAAACAGAAAAGUACAACAUAUAUCAAUAAUUUACGUAUAGGAAUGAUGCUGGGCUGUAAUCUCAGGCAUUCAAAUUUAAAAUCCAGAUAAACACAGUACCUGACACUCUCUGUGCAGUUUAUUUCUUAAACAGGCGAAUGUUUCUGGCCAAAAUUAUACUCAAGAAAUCAAGCUAUAGAGAGGCUCUACCUAGGAUGUGGAUCUGCAUAUUUUCACAACACACGUACUUAGGUCAGUAGGCAGCCCUUGACAGACUGUUUGUUUUUGUUUAUGUAUUUUUAUGGCCGUGCCACUCGGCUUGCGGGAUCUUACUUUCCCGACCAGGGACUGAACCCAUGCCCUCAGCAGUGAAAGCACAGAGUCCAAACCACUGUACUGCCAGGGAAUUCCCUCAUUUUUAGAAAUAAUUCCUCCCAUCGGUUCGUAGCCACAUCAGAUUUUCAUCUGAAUCUCUGGCAAUAAACAAUAUGGAAUAUUUCCCUAGUGAAUGGGAUGGAUGACAGUUUUAACUGUCCAUCAGUGGUCACUUCCUUCCCUUGCAUUUUGCUCUUCCAAGCGUGUGGAACCAUGUUCAGGUGAUCCCAGAGUCCGUGUGAAUCAGCCGUGAGGACAGACAGCAAUGAAGGCCAUUGCCCUGUUGCCAACCCAGCAUCAUUCCUGUAUGUAAAUUAUUGAUAUAUGUUGUACUUUUCUGUUUAAUUCCCAGAAUAAAAUAAUAAGUAUAUUCCUUAUUUGAAGUGAAUGUAUGCUUGUUGAAAAGUUAAAAUUUUGUAGGUUUUAUUGAUUUAUGUUGACUGGCUCUAGAAUUGUGGCUAGAAUUUUUAAAUAUAUGGUUUUUUUCUUAUUAUAGCGGUAAUAUAUGCACAGUUAAAAAGGUAAAAAAAAAAAUACAGUGUAAAAAAUGAAUACCACCAUCCAGCGUGUCCACCGUUAACUGGUUACGGAUAUAAGUGCAAUCCCAUUUCUUUUUAGUGCUUGCCCAAUUACUUUCUAGUUUUUGUUUCUAAUAUGAAUGGAAUCUUCUUUUCUAUUAUAUUUUCUAAUUGGUUUUGGCUGAUACAUAUAAAAAACCUGUAAAUUAUGAUGAUUUGGCCACAUUCCUAUAUAAACUCAUUUCUUUUUCACAUUGAUAUUGUUGUCUAGAACUGUCAGGAAAAUGUUGACUACUGCUGGUAAUAGCUAACAACUUAUCUUUUUCCUGACUUGACUGGAAUGCCACAGUCUUCUUAAUCUCUCUAUCCCAUACUUCUCCAGGAAAACUACCAAAACUUGUGGCCAGUGCAACUUGAAACCUCAAAAUAAAUUUAAUACCAUAAUAAAACAAAACAGUGGUAGUUAACAAACAUGAUUUUUCCAAGUACACUUGGGGAACUUAAGUCAUGAUCAUAUAUGAUUUCUCACUUAACUCCUUAAAGUUUAUGAAUUAUAUAUAUAGAAUUUUAUUGUUGAACUAUCUUGCAUUCCAUUUUUAACAUUCUUCUUGGCUGUGAUGUGUUAACCAGUGAACUGCAGGAUUUGAUUUGGUGUUAUUUUAUUGUGGAAUUUUGCAACUGUGAGUGAUGCUGGUUUAUAGUGUUUGGGAAGAGGGAAACGUGUGUGUCUUCACAUAUGUGUCUAUACUUCGUCAGUGUUUUCAAUAAUCUGUUCCUAUGAAACAGCCAUCUGAACACAGUGGCUUUAAAUGACACCAUGUCAUUAGUUCUCCCAGUUCUGUGGGUUGAGUGGGCUCAGCUGGGAGGUUCUGGAGAUCUUGCUUUGUGUCCCUGAUACAGUUGCAUUCAGGUGGUGGCUUGGCCAGGAUGGCUUGGCCUCUGGUCUCCAUGUGGGCCUCUCCCGUGGUUCUCUCCAGCAAGCUGGCUGGGCUUCUCACCUGGCAGCUUAGGACACCUGCAGUGUUAAGAGGGUGGAUGUGGGUGCUGCUAGUUUUCUUUCUUUCUUUUUUUUUUUAAAUUUUUUACAUUGUUUUUAAAAAAAAUUUAUUUUUUUGGCUGUGUUGGAUCUUCGUUGCUGUGUGCGGGCUUUCUCUAGUUGCGGCGAGCAGAGGCUACCCUUUGUUGCGGUGUGCUGGCUUCUCAUUGCGGUGGCUUCUCUUGUUGUGGAGCACGGGCUCUAGGCAUGCGGGCUUCAGUAGUUGUGGCACGUGGGCUCAGUAGUUGUGGCUUGCGGGCUCUAGAGCGCAGGCUCAGUAGUUGUGGCACACAGGCUUAUUUGCUCCACGGCAUGUGGGAUCUUCCUGGACCAGGGCUCAAACCUGUGUCCUCUGCUUUGGCAGGCAGAUUCUUAACCACUGUGCUACGAGGGAAGUCCCGCUGCUAGUUUUCUGAAGGGCUAGUCCUAGUACUGAACUAGUACCAUUUCUGCCAAAUCCAGUCAAUUAAUACAGUCAUAGGCGCCCAGAUUCAGUGAAGAGGCCACGUGAACCACAUGAAGGCAGAAUGAGAGGCCCACAGUCAGAUGGGGUGUCACUGUUCUGGUGUCUCUUUUUAGUGGUGCUUAUUACUUUAUUUCUAAUAGAAAUGUACCUUUUAAAAUAGCAUUAAUACCUAUAGAACCAUCUCAGUAUGAGUCUUCUUUGGAGAGAGAUGUUGAUCUUUGAUGAAUUUUUUAUUUUCUUUAGUUUAUGGUCAAGUUUUCUACUUUUUCUUAAGUAAAUUUCAGUUAAUCAUGUUUUUCUAAAUAUUUUAUUCUAUAUUUCGAAAUGUUUUGAGGAAUUGUUUUCUUUUCUCUACAUAUGGUCAUUCCUAAUAUGUAUCUGUCUUCCCUUUUUUGUCUUAUGUAACUAAAAGAAGUAUCUGUGAUGAUAAUGCAUUAAUCUUUUAGGAUUUAGAGGAGGAAGAUGUAGGUUUCAGAUGAUUUCAGAUGAUCUUUUGCUUUUCACAAUUGAUAGUAGUUUUGGAUGAGUUGAAUUUAUUCUAUUUUGUAACUUUAGAAAAAAUAAUGUUUUCAUAUAGUACAACAUGUAAUAGCAAAGAAAGCAGCCAUCUGCAAGUCAAGGACAGAGGCCUCAGGAAAAACAAACUUGCUAAUAACCUUGGAUUUCCUCCAGAACUGUAAGAAAAUAAAUUUCUUUUUUUUAAGA